CGUAUCGAGGGAUCCGUCGAUCGAAAAAAUGAUCUUUUGUGUGGAAGUCUUCUAUUCGCGUUCGAGCUUCAUUUAAAUGUUAAUUGCGGGUCGCGAUCGUUGCCGCUGCCGCAUCAAACCUUCAACAAUCAUGUUGGAAGCUUAAAGGCAGUUCCUUACGACAGCAGACCACAUCGCUGUAUUUGUAUAUUACGUAUACAUAGAAAUGCAUACGAAUAUGGUUAUUAGCGGUGGCGGCGUGUUCACCGGUAUGCUUCUUAUUAAAAGGAAACCGCAAUUUUUACCCGUCUUCAGCGAUCAACAAUGUAUAUUAUUACUAUUCGAAUGUGACGAUCGAUGUCAAUGCGCUGCUCGUACGAUGAUUAUUUAUUGACGCCAACUUCAAAAGAUGUAGUAACUUUUCGGCGUAUAUUUUAACCGCUCUAAUCGUCCUAUUGACACAUGGGAUUUUCUCUUUUAUCCAUUUUUUUCUUUUUUGAAUUUUUUCCCCGUACCUAUCUGUUAAAUUAGUGAGCGUUUACUUUUUUCUUUAUCAAAUCCGUUGUUGUUGUCGGUACCUAAGUGAUUCUUUUCCCUUUGCGUAUUAUUAUUAUUAUAGAAAAAAAAGUGAUGUAGAAUGUUCAAUAUUAUGUAGCCUACGUUCGUCAUUUCUUUUUUUCUCGAGUGGAUUCAAAAGCAUCCUAUAUGGUUGGAAUUCGUAUUUGGGAUACACAUACUACAUACAUACAAAAUGAACGAUCAAGUAAAAUUUUAUUGUGUACGGUGAACAUUGAAUUAAUCGUGUGGUCAUUUGCGGAGUAAUAAUGAAAGAAAUGGGAUCAUCGUCGCAUUACUGGUCAGACUUGCAAAACCUUCUCGUAGUGUAUUUCGUACAAUGAAACGCGUAGACAUUUUAUAAUUUAAUAGUGCGAACUUUCGAAUUGAGACAUUUUCCUCGCUUAGAGGCUAUGUUUACGGAUACGUUUUUAAAGAACAUUAAUUGUUUUAUGAAUUCUUUCGAAACGGUGGUUAAAAUGGCGUUCUUACAAAUACCGCACUCUGAAUGCCCCGAGAAAAACAGCAAAGAUCCGCCCUUAUAAGUGCACCCCCUUUUUUUUUUUAGCACGGGACGCACCCGAGUGCCCGUGUAAGUUUUUAUAUUGUUUUUUUUCUGCUUCUUUCAUUGUUUAUUUGUUUUGUUUUUAUUUUUUAUCGUAUAUAAUUCGAGUUAUUUUUUAUCGUAAUUCGGACACCCACCCCCUACCUUUUUUUCUGUUUUGUUUUGUGCCAUAAUCAUCAUUCGGUUUUCGUGUUAUAAUUUGUGUGCCAUACUAUCUUAUUGUUUUUUGCCGAAAUUAAUCUCGAGUAUUAAUGUACCGUUGACAAAUAACGCAAUGGAUGUAGCGCAGCCAUAUCUUCCGAAUUCAUGUUCUUGGACAUCAUGGUGUACCUCUGACAAUAGCAUCUCAACAAGAAGAAAACGAAUACGACUGGAUAACACAGAUCAUAAUAAUAGCUCGGUGAAAUAUGCAACUGAAACCGAACAAGCAUGGUCGGGCGUUGAUGAAUUAACCGGCGAACUUCCAGCGGUACAAUUGAAUAAUUUGGGAGUUGAAAUGCAGCAAGAUUAUAAUAUCGGCGACGAAUUUUUGGUAUUUGAUUCAUUUAAUAAUUUUAAACAAGAAAUUCCAUCGCCGCCGAAUACCGCUGAAAAUCACAUACUUCGACAGUAUUCGCCGAUAGAUAAUGUACACAAUAAUAAAAAAUACGGCAACUCGGAUCAAAACGAGAGAGAUUUUUCUCCUCGAAAGUUACCCUCAUCGGCAUCAUCUUCUCCCCCAUCUUGUUAUUCCACAUCCUGCAAUAAUGCCAGUGAUGUAAAACAACACAAUGAUUGCCAAGUAUACAACAAAGAAAAUAAUAGUAAUAAUUAUUGUAGAGAACACAUUAAUACUUCAAAUACCGUUGCAACAUGUCCAUCUUCUCCAGAUGCUUUGGAUGAUUCAUUUAGAUUUCAGUAUGUUCUUUGCGCCGCUACAUCCAUUGCAAUGAAAAUAAAUGAGGAAACGUUGACGUAUUUGAAUCAAGGGCAACCUUAUGAAAUCAAGUUGAAAAAAUUAGGAGAUUUAACACAAUUGAGAGGCAAAGUUUUUAAGAGUGUUAUCCGCGUUCUAUUCCACGAUCGCCGAUUGCAAUACAUGGAAAAGCAGCAAAUGAGCGCUUGGCAAGCGUCAAGACCCGGUGAUAAAAUUCUACAAUUGGAUUUACCUCUAUCGUACGGUAUCUUUGACCAUUUUCAAGAUCCCAAUGCUCUAAACGCCGUUCAAUUCUUAUGGGAUCCUACCAAAGAAGUCGGCGUUUAUAUUAAAGUCAACUGCAUCAGUACCGAGUUUACAGCCAAGAAACAUGGCGGAGAAAAAGGUGUACCGUUUCGUUUACAAAUUGAAACUUAUACGCAUGAAAAAAAUCCACGAAGUUUGCACAUGGCUUCGUGCCAAAUAAAAGUAUUCAAGCUCAAAGGCGCCGACCGUAAACAUAAACAAGAUCGUGAAAAGAUCAUGAAAAAAUCACCCAUCGAAAGGGAAAACUAUCAGAAUUCCUACGAAUGCACAGUAUUCACGGAUAUGUGUCCCAGUGGUGAUCCACUUUCCCCAUGCGUUACCGCCAAUAGCUCUGUUACUAGUUCACCAGGAAAUACAGAUUCCGAUGGUGGACCGAAUAAUGGACUUUCAACUUUCGAUUACGAUUCAAAUUUGAACGAUACCAUUGGCGCUGAUACUUUGCCACAGAGUUCAAAUAUCACCUUAUCACGCGAGUCAUCCAUAUUAGAUAUGCAGCAGUGGCUGCGAUACAACAGAUUUGGGUCUUAUAUUCAUCUAUUCGAAAACUACACAGUUUCCGAUAUGCUUUCCAUGUCGAGGGAUGAUUUUAUUCAAAUUUGUGGCGUACCAGACGGGAUCAGAUUGUUCAAUUCUUUGCCAAUCGUAUCCAAGCUAACCAUGUAUAUAUCGACUGAAAACAACUCAAAUAUUUAUCAUCCUGCGUACUUGAAAAGUCUAACUUGUCAAGAGCUCAUUAAUAAGGUUGCUCCGCUUAUUGGACUUCAGGCUUCGCAAAUACACAGCGCUUUCCUUCUAGGACCUCAUAAUAGUCAAAUAAUCAUUACCGACGACCUGGUACGAAAUAUUAAAGAAGAGACGUUGUUCUUUGCUGAAAUUUACAAAAAUCCGAAUAACAGCAGCGCUGUUAAAAAACUGUUUUUAAAACCUGUAACGCCUUCGAGUAGCAUUCCUUCUCAUUAAGAGAGAGCUUCAGACGAAAAAAAAAUUUGAGAGCUUUCCUUCUGUUUAUAGUUAAUAAUGUAUUUACGAAUAAACGUAUUAUAAAUAGUAUUUUAUGAUUGUAUUAUGACCAUGAUCUUGUAUUUAUUCGUAUUAUUUUCUCUUUGUAAUUAAUGGAUUAAUUUUCAGCAUUUUUUUUCUCGGUAUUAAGGGCUAGGUAAAAGUUAUAGAUACGUUCAAAUAGCUUGUUUUUGCGGCAUCUUUGCGACGACGCGACGUGACACCUCGUUUACAGGAUGUAAAUUUCUGCUCUUUUUGGCCGAGUCUUCUUAUUAAUUCAACUGAUCAUUUAGAUUGUUGUGAUGGUCUUGGUUCAUUCCCCUUUCCUUUCUCGUUCAUUGUAGCUCAGCAGGUUGGAUUUUCGCAACAGUCAUCAAAAAACUAGUGCAUUUUUAAAUGAAAAAUUCUAAUUUUAAGCUAUUUUUUAAAAGUAGUAUAUGUUUUAUUUUCGUACUUAUGUUACGUUAGUUAUGUUUCAUUUCAUUACAUACAAUUUAUUUACAUAA